AAUAACUGAUUGGGCGCAAAAGCGCACGUAAACGAGGAUACCGUAAUCGGGCAGCAAUACUAGUUAACGUUAGUAAAUAACGAACGCUAGCUUGUUCGCUACUAGCCCUCAAGAAACAAUAAGAAGUAGUGAAUAGUUAAAAUAAAUGUCCCUAGUGUUAAUCGUACAUUGAGGUACAAGGUGAAAUCAUACAGCAAAUAGCAGGAAACGACUAUACGUUAGCCAAUGAAUGAACGAUCUGCGUAUGUGAGGAACUGUCACUGCCGUUAGAAGGAUAAACAGUAGUUUGAUAGUCUAUUUACUCUGCAGCCUGCGGAUUGAGCUGGCCUAUUCCAGUCAGUGAUAUUGAAUCUGUUUUAGCAUAACGGCUUGCGAUACGGUUUUAGAAACCUUUGGAAGUUAACUAAUAUAAGCGAUAAUCUUUCCAAUUCAAAAUAUACACUUACUGUACGGAUUUGCACACUGCUGUGUAUUGUUUGCGUUUGAACAAUUAUCACUGAAAUGAAAGGAACGUUUAAAUGUUUCCAUAAGCGAGAUAUUACAGUUUAGACAGAGCGUUUGGGUGAUUUCCCUCACAUGGCGGAUAUGUUCCUAAAUAGAUAUAGUGUCAUUAUACACAAUGGUACUCGGCAUCAUCUGGAUAUGUGUAACAAAAGAUAAACAUUCACCUUCUACUACCAUUUCUGCCAAGCCGUCUGCACAUACAGUUUGAUACAUACGUUCGAUAAAUCCAAGAGUCGUUCGGGCAGAACUAUCCGGAGGAGGCAGAUGGCACUCUGGACUGUAUCAGUAUGGCUCUCACCUGCACCUUUAACCGCUGGGGCACGCUUCUGGCGGUGGGGUGCAACGACGGACGCAUCGUCAUUUGGGACUUCCUGACACGGGGCAUCGCCAAGAUUAUCAGUGCUCACAUCCAUCCAGUCUGCUCACUAUGUUGGAGUCGAGAUGGGCACAAGCUGGUGAGUGCGUCAACAGAUAACAUAGUGUCCCUGUGGGACGUCCUGACUGGAGACUGUGACCAAAGGUUCCGCUUCCCCUCGCCCAUCCUAAAAUUGCAGUACCACCCCAGAGACUUGGACAAGGUCCUGGUGUGUCCUAUGAAGUCAGCCCCGGUGCUGCUGACGCUGUCAGACUCUAAACAUGUGGUUCUGCCCGUGGAUGACGACUCCGACCUGAACGUGGUGGCGGCCUUCGACCGGCGGGGGGAGUACAUCUACACUGGCAACGCCAAGGGAAAGAUUUUGGUGCUGAACACGGACACACAGGAUCUGGUGGCAUCGUUUCGGGUUACGACAGGGACCAGCAACACUACAGCCAUCAAGUCCAUAGAGUUUGCACGCAAGGGCAGUUGUUUCCUCAUCAACACAGCAGACAGAAUCAUCAGGGUGUAUGACGGGAGGGAGAUUCUCACCUGUGGGAGAGACGGGGAGCCAGAGCCCAUGCAGAAACUACAGGACCUGGUCAACAGAACUCCGUGGAAGCGAUGUUGUUUCUCUGGGGAUGGGGAGUACAUCGUGGCUGGUUCAGCCCGGCAGCAUGCUCUGUACAUCUGGGAGAAAAGCAUCGGUAACCUGGUGAAGAUCCUCCAUGGAACCAGAGGAGAACUACUGCUGGAUGUGGCUUGGCACCCUGUACGGCCAAUCAUCGCCUCCAUCUCCAGCGGAGUGGUGUCCAUCUGGGCUCAGAACCAAGUGGAAAACUGGAGUGCGUUCGCCCCAGACUUUAAGGAGCUGGAUGAGAACGUGGAGUACGAGGAGAGAGAGUCUGAGUUUGAUAUAGAAGACGAGGAUAAAAGUGAACCUGAACAGACAGGUGCGGAUGCUGCGGAGGAUGAGGAGGUGGAUGUGACCUCUGUUGACCCCAUUGUGGCUUUUUGCAGCAGUGAUGAGGAGCUAGAAGACUUCAAGGCCUUGCUCUACCUGCCCAUCGCUCCAGAGGUAGAGGACCCUGAGGAGAAUCCAUUUGGUCCCCCUCCGGAUGCAGCCGUCCAGACCGCCCCCGCAGAAGAUGGUUCUUCCCACACAGGGAGCGGGGACAAGAAGCAGCGACAGCCAUCCUCAGAAGGAGCUCCGCCCAAAAAGAAGGCCCGUACCACCACCAUCAUCGAACUACAAGGGGUGCCCAGUGAUGAGGUGCACCCCUUACUGGGGGUGAAGGGAGACAGCAAGUCCAAGAAGAAGACGGCAGGGCGGCCAAAAGGCUCCAAAGGUAAAGAGAAAGACUUCAGGCCCAAACCCUACAGGGGGGACAGGGUCUACCCUGACGGAGUGGAAGUGGGAGGAGGAGGAGGGAUGAAGGGCAGAGCGGAGGGGGGCCUUACUGCUGCAGGGAGCCUGGUUUCACAGCCCUACAAACAGCAUGAUAUUGUGGGUCUGGACUGAGCCAGCAUCUUCAUCAUCGCCCCCCGUGGUUCUGGAAGGAGAAGGACUGGCACCAGAACAUUUUUUUAAAUGUAAACUCAAAAGACAAUUUUUGUGACAUCACUCAAGACUCUCAUUAUGACAUCACAGCCUUCUAUCGUGCAGGCUGUUGACUGUGGGGUUUCGUAAACCCACGGGCUGUCUCUCUUUCUGUGUUGCCAUGGUUACUUGGAUUAUCUCCCUUCUAUCAAAGACUGCUGUAUGAGACCUAAUGAUAUCACAGGUUUGGAUGAGAGUUCCUGACUGGUAACUCUAUGCUCCAGCAACAUGGCAGAUUCACACUUUCUCUUUUUGCAGUUUUUGGUACUAGUAACAGAAAUGGACCAAGAGAAGGGUGGCAUGUAGCCUAGUGGUUAAGAGCUUUGGGCCAAUAACCGAAAGGUUUCUGGUUUGAAUCCCAGAGCCAACUAGGUGAAAAAUAUGUCGAUGUGCCCUUGAGCAAGGCACUUAACCCUAAUUGCUCCUUUAAGUCUCUCUGGAUAAGAGCGCCUGCUAAAUGACUAAAACAUAAAAUGUAGAAGAGGGAAGCAACAGUCUGCAAUAGUAAAGGAUCACCUCUUCUCUAUGUCUGUCUUUUUCUCUGUUGGAUGACUGUACAGAAAUAAUAAUGUUAUAAGCUGCAGUGUAGUGUGUCCCAACUUGUCUGCUUUUAACUCCUUCAAAAUAUAUAUAUAUAUAUAUAUAUAUAUAUUAAACCAUUUAGAUUUUGGUGACGCUA